AUGGAACCAGUUCUCUCCCAGGGAUACGGCUAUGGAUUCGCGCUUGGUAUUGGCGCAGGGUUCGCGCUGCUUAUGGUAAUCAUAUCAAAGCUACUAUCCAAAUAUAUGGGACAAGUGCAGAACUCUGAGCGAUUUUCAACAGCGUCGAGAAAUGUGGAGUCCGGUCUUAUCGCUUCGUCUACAGUCUCUGCCUGGACAUGGCCGGCGACGCUUCUGCUUUCGGGGACAUGGGCUUAUGUGCACGGAGUGAGCGGCGCAUGGCUAUACGCAGUUGGCGGUACCGUGCAGAUCACGCUUUUUGCUUUCCUAGCACUCCAGAUCAAACUGCAUGCUCCAAAUGCACAUACUGUCUCCGAGACCCUAUAUGUUCGCUUUGGCAAGACAGGCCAUAUUCUCUACCUUUGCUACUGUGCUGCUACCAAUGCGAUGGUGUCCUCUUUACUGCUUUUGGGGGGUUCUCAGGCUUUCGCGGCUGCAACAGGUAUGCACACUGUCGCUGCAAGUUUUCUGCUACCCCUCAAUGUUGUUGUCUAUACUGCGCUCGGAGGGCUGAAAGCGACUUUUAUUUCCGACUGGGUCCACACAGUGAUAAUAUACGUCAUUAUCCUGACGACUUCAUACACAGUCUACUGCAAUUCCUCGCUGAUAGGCUCACCAGGAAAGAUGUGGGAUCUCUUGAAAAGCGCGCAAGAGGUGUUCCCAAGCGCUUCGGGGACAAGCUACCUUUCAUUUAAGGACAAAGACAUGAUUUUGUUGACGUGGUCUGUGAUGCUUGGUGGGUUCUCCUCAGUGUUUGGGGAUCCGGGAUAUUCUCAGAGAGCCAUCGCUUCCAGUUCGCGAAGCGUGUUCUCUGGAUACAUGAUGGGCAGUAUUUGUUGGAUGGUUAUCCCUUUUGCGCUUGGGUCAUCUGCGGGACUGGCGUGUAGAGCGCUUCUCACCCAUCCAAAAUCCGUGACUUACCCUAAUGCCCUAAGCGCCGAGGAGGUGGGUGCGGGUAUGCCAUUAAUCUACGGGCUAGCGUCCAUUUUCGGAAAGAGUGGUGCUGCCGCUGGGCUGCUGAUGCUAUUCCUCUCGGUGACUUCGGCGACCUCCGCAGAGCUGAUUGCGUUCUCGUCGAUCACCACGUAUGACUUGUACCGCACAUACCUGAAUCCUCGGGCGAGUGGGCAGCAACUGGUGCGGGCCUCGCAUUUGAGCGUGAUAAGUUUUGGGAUUUUCAUGGCUGUUCUCGCCGUAAUAUUCAACUACAUCAAUGUGACAGUUUCGUGGCUCCUAAGUUUCGUUGGUAUCGUGCUGAACCCUGAAGCUGCGGCAGUGACGCUAUCGCUCUUUUGGCCGCGCAUGACCAAGGCAUCUCUAUUAAUUGGAAUGCCACUUGGAACUGUCACUGGUAUUGUCUGCUGGAUCGGUGCCACCUAUAGCUAUGCGGACGGCGUGAUAAACCGCGAUACGCUUAUGACAACGGAGGCGACGUUCAUUGGAAAUAUUGUCAGCCUGUUCUCCUGCGCAAUAUACAUAGUUGGCAUCUCACUGAUAUGGCCCUCCGGCAAGUUCGACAUGGCGACAUGGAAAGAACAGAUUCAAACCGCUGACGACAUGGAUUCGGAGGAACUCGAGGCUCUGGUCGUGACGCAGGACGACGCACGGCUGUUGCGCACGCAAAGCUGGCUAAGUCUGCUAAUUAACGUAUUUCUACUGAUAGGAGUCUACGUGGUACUAACCUGUGCACUGUACGGAUGGGGCGGCGACUUGAGCAAAGGCUCGUUCACGGCCUUCAUGAUCGUCAUGCUCGUUUGGCUGAUGUUAGCAGCAUUGUACAUCAUCCUAACGCCCCUGUGGCAGGGCCGGAAGGCGAUCGCUACGAUAUCGCUGCUCGUAUGCGGAAAGGCGGCCCCGGUGGUCGCUUCCAGUGCCGCCAGCAUGCGCGGCUCGGAGAGCCUCAACAAGAGCGAGCCCAAAGACGAAAGCUUUGCGGUCCAGACCCAGGAAGUGCGCUGA